UGCUCUCCGACUCCUGGCGAAUGCACGAGCGACCGACAGAAGGGAAUUAGGGUUUCGCAUUCAAUUUGCACCGUUUUGCGGAAUUCCUCCCGCUCCUCGAAUUACUGCCGCAGUUUCAGCUGUCUCUCUCUCUCUCUCUCUCUUUCUCCGCUAUCGUGCCGCUCUUUGAUAUUUGUGCGGGCGGUAUCCCGGUGCACUAGUCGUUCACGUUCUUCGAGGCCGCUUAAGAGUUACUCUUAAGUAACUGAUCAGAGAGGUGCUUGUUGGAGGCAGGAACUGGGAGUGUUGGCUGUGGUGGUGGUUGUGGCUUAGAUUCUGGCAGUUGCGACGACUUUUCCUGCACGAAAGGUUUUGCCCGUGGUUCUACCCGAAAGACGGGGUCGUGUUGAUUUUUUAUUUUUAUUUUCAUCUAGCUGUGUGGAGUUAAGCGCCAUCGUAAUCUCGGAGUGGUGAGAGUCUAGUACUUCAAUUCUUCCUCGGACGCCCGAUAUUAAGUUGGAUUGGCAUGGAUUUCUGAGCAUAGGGCGAGUUUCUCAUGAACGUUGAGCGAGCUAUUUUGCAGUUCUGGUGUGAUUUGAUAAUAGGAGUUCGAAGAGGAGAGAGUUAGUUGGGAACAACUACACGCGGUAGCAUUAAGCAUUUCUUCGGUCGUGAAAGAGCUGAAUAUGUGCUCACUUUAGAAUAGGGCAACGAGUGGACUUAUGUUCCAAUGCACUCUUUUGGCCCGCUGCAGGAGAUUGUUUACUGUAGUUACGGAUGUUGUUGUCAGAUUUCAGUGCAAUUUGUGCAGGACUUUGGAAUUUGCUGGUAGAAGACUUUCAGAGGCUCGUAGGUGAAGAACGCUUGUGGAGAUGAUGACGAACUAAACUUUGUACUGUUUUGAAAACAUUGGCAACCAGUCGUUGCAACUUGAUCAACUAUCAGGUUGUGGGCCGUGAGCUUCUCAGGAAGCUGAAUUUACGUCUGAUCGUCGUGCCAUAGGGUUUUAUUACUUUCUUUGCAGCUUGUUUCUGCAGUAAGGUUCGUGAGCGCAGUAUUUUUAGUGAUAGUAGAGAUUCGGGUAUACAAGUAGUUUUUUCAGAAUCUUUGCCAAGAGAAGUCUACUAGCAAUGACGGGGGACAGGAAGAAGGAACCUUGGACAAGCAUUCAGGUUGUAGUGAUUGGGGAUGCUGGAGUCGGAAAAUCCAGCAUGAUUUUGACUAUUGCGACGGAUUCGUUUGCGGAAGGUGUCCCGCAUGUAUUGCCACCUACACGUCUGCCGACCGAUUUCUAUCCAGACGGUGUACCGUUGAGUAUUUUUGAUACCUCUGCAAGACCGGAAGACAAGUCAAAGCUGGACAUGGAGCUCAAAAAAGCAGACGUCGUAGUUCUAACUUAUGCUUGCGAUCAACCAGUAACACUUGCACGUUUAUCCAAGUAUUGGCUGCCAGAACUUCGACGCCUAGAACUCAAUUUGCCAGUUAUAGUGGUCGGGUGUAAGCUAGAUCUGCGGGAUGAACGUAAGCCAAGCUUAGAGGAGUCGAUGGCGCCUUUGAUGCAAGAGUUUCAAGAAAUUGAAACUUGUAUGAUGUGUUCAGCUGCUGAACAAAUACAGGUAGCUGAAGUGUUUUAUUACGCCCAGAAAGCUGUGCUGCAUCCAACAGGGCCACUUUUCGACCGAGAAACUCAAUCCCUGAAACCACGAUGUGUGCGAGCACUCAAGAGGAUUUUUAUCCUGUGUGAUCACGAUCGGGAUGGAGCCUUGAGUGAUGCUGAGUUGAACGAAUUUCAGGUUAAAUGCUUCAAUGCGCCUUUACAGCCAGCUGAAAUAGUAGGAGUAAAGAAAGUUGUCUCGGACAAAAUGGCAGAAGGCGUGAAUAAGAAUGGAUUGACCUCGAUUGGAUUUCUCUUUCUCCAUGCUUUAUUCAUCGAAAGGGGUCGGCUAGAGACAACAUGGACAGUGCUCAGAAAGUUUGGUUAUAAUGAUGAAAUCACGCUGCGAGACGAUGUACUUUCUAGUCCUUCAUUCAAGCGAGCAUCUGAUCAAAGCGUCGAACUGACGCAAAAGGCAAUUGACUUUUUGAGGGAAGCUUUUACGACACUUGACCAAGAUGGGGAUGGGACCUUGCAACCAGCCGAAUUGGAGGAUAUGUUUUCAACAGCUCCGUCGAAUGGCAGCCCAUGGGACAGUCCUCUUUACAAGAACACCACGGAAACCAAUUCUGUUGGAGGGAUUACUUGGAAUGGUUUCAUUUCACAGUGGGAAUUCAUGACCUUGCUGGAUCCUCAGAAAAGCUCAGCUUCUCUGGUCUAUUUGGGGUAUCCUGGGGACACAUCCACGGCAUUCCAGGUUACUCGACGCAGGAAACAUGAUCAGAAAAGGCAACGGUCACAGCGAGGAGUCAUCCAAUGUUUUAUCUUUGGCCCCAGGAAAUCAGGAAAGUCGGCUAUUUUGGAUGCACUGAUUGGCAGGCCUUUUAAGGAAUCAUAUGACCCGAGCAAAGGUGAUCGCUAUGCUAUCAACAAGAUUGGACUAUCUGGGGGUGCGAACAAAACUUUAAUAAUGAGGGAGAUUAAUGAAGCUUCAGUUUCUGCCUUCUUAGAGGACAAGGAAGCGUUGGCUCCUUGUAAUGUUGCAGCUUUUGUUUAUGACAGUUCUAGUGAGGAAUCAUUGAAGCGAGCUGCUGAGUUACUGGAGCAGGUAGCAGUUAGUUCAGAAUGCUCUGGUUACGAAGUUCCUUGCCUACUUUUGGCUGCCAAGAACGAUGAAGAAUCCAAUCCUUCUUGCAUAACACGUUCGGCUCGGAUAUGCUCUACGAUGGGACUGGAAACACCAACCCCUGUAAGUAUGAAGCUAGGAGACAACAAUAACUUGUUUCUAAGGAUUGUUGAGGCCGCACAGCAUCCCCAUUUGAGCAUUCCAGAAACAGAAUUAGGGAAGAGUACUAAACAGCAUCGGCAACUAAUUCAACAAUCUGUUGGUUUUGUUCUUGUGGGGACUACAUUAAUUGUUGGAGGAAUAACGUUGUAUCGGUUGUACAACAUGAGGAAACUCCACUCAAGUAGCUGAAUAUCACAUCCUCCACUUUUCGUCCGCCUAAGGUCCACCUUAUGACCUUGCGCCAAGUAUAAAAACGGAACAAGGUCACUUUAGCCACAUGAAUUCAAGGUCACUUCUUCCCAGCUGGCUAUCAUCUUACUGGUGUCUUGGACGUCCUCCGAAACUUGUCCGAUGCAUUCAGAAGUCCUAUCAUGGCGAUUCUUGUGUUUUGCAGGUUUCAUGCCAAUUCUGAUUCCUUGCCAAGUACUCUUCAGUUCUGUUUAUGUCGGGUAGCCAAGUCACUGCUACUUUUGGGAAGAACCUCAGAAGAUUCCCAAAUUGGUACUCAAUUGGGGAGAGAAGUUGGCCUCGCGCUUUUGGAAAUUAAAUCCAUCCGACUUUUACUUCAUCGGUUUUAUCUGCUCUUGAAAUAAACAAUUGAAUUUUAAUAAAUAUUUGAUUGGAAAGUGACCUUGAAGUGGUUGAUGGCCGAUAGUAGAUUAAUACAGAGAACCUACUUCGGUUAAAAUUCUCCUAUAUUGAGUAUUUUGUGUCUCAAGAAUCUAUGUACUUUUAACCCCAUGGAUCUAGACUUUAGGUCAAUUUUUUGGGGGAGUAAUAAAUAAGUUAUGCUUUAUUUGUCA